AGUCACUGUAUCUCUCUCUCUCUCUUUCCUCUCUCUGUCUCACACACACACUCACUCACACACACGCGCGCGCGCCGCGGCAGCAUGACCGGCGGUCCUAAAGACGGAGAUACCGAGGAAUACAUUCACUCACCGUUCAUCAGGAAACAAGGGAACAUAUACAAGCCAAACAACAAAGAUAUGGACAGCGACAGCAUCAACGAGAAAACCUUGCAGGACGUCCACACCAAGGAGAUAGACCUGGUCAACCGGGACCCCAAGCAUUUAAACGACCAUGUAGUUAAGGUGGACUUCGAGGACGUGAUCGCUGAGCCCGCGGGCACCUACAGCUUCGACGGUGUGUGGAAAGCCAGCUUCACCACGUUCACGGUCAGUAAGUACUGGUUCUACCGACUGCUGACGGCGCUGGUGGGCAUCCCGCUGGCGCUCAUCUGGGGCAUCUUCUUCGCCAUCCUGUCCUUCCUGCACAUCUGGGCGGUGGUGCCGUGCGUGAAGAGCUACAUGAUCGAGAUCCACUGCAUCAGCCAGGUCUACUCCAUCUGCGUGCACACCUUCUGCGACCCGCUGUUCGAAGCCAUGGGGAAGUGCUUCAGCAACGUCCGCCUCACCACCACGAAGGUGGUGUAGGAGCGCAAGGAAGUGAAGGAAGAAAUAAGGCUCGGGGGGUGGGGGCUGGGUGGGGGCUGGGUGGGGGUUAGGUGGUGUGGAGUGGAGAGAGUGGAGGGGAAUAAAAGAUUAAAAUGGAGAGAGGGAGCGAAAAAAUAACCCUUCAUGUUGAAGAGGUUGACGUGAAAAGAAUAGCGAGACUUUCCAGUCUCUGGUUAGCGAUUUUCGUCUCCCUCCGGUCUGGGUUUCUCUACGGAAAUAUCAAAUGUUAAGGAUUUUAUUUCAUUUGUUAGCGUUUAUCACGACACGAGCAGCAGGUCAGCCUUGCAUUUUAUUCCGCUUCCUGGGACAAGGCUGUGAAUCUUAACCUUUUGUUUUUGUCCCGCUUCACUCAUGCUUCAGUCCACAUAUAAAUCAUCCAUCGUCUUUUCCCCCGUUUUUUUUAUUUUUUUUUUUAUUUUUAACUAAAACUUAACCUUUGUUCUUUUCAUUCUUCAUAAUUACUUGUGGAAGUUUACUAAAGUUUAUAAAACAGAUCUUUGUCUAUGUGGAUCGUCACUAAAACGAAGCCCGAGCAGGAAAAACGUUCUCUUUUGUGAGAGACGUCCUAAAACUUUUAACGUGGAUAAUAAAGCUUAAUAAAAAUAAACCCACCAAAGCGCAGACAUUUUCCUGCUCAUCAACUCCCUCCUCUGUGUAAACUGACAUAAAACAAGACGGUAAAUAUUUACACGUUUAUGGUUUAUAGAGAGACGAUCAGCCAAUCGGAACAAUCGAACUAAUCUGCAAACGAAUUUUUUUUUAUUAAUAACAAUUAAUAAACGAGGACGUCAUACUGUAUAUAGAAACGAUUAUAUAAUUAAAACAGCAAUUUAAACAGCUUAAAAAAAAAUCAAGUCGUGUACAAGAUAAUCGAGAACUCGUGCGAUUCUUUUUGAUUUUUUUUUUUUUUGAGCAGAAAAUGUCUGUGCGCGAGUUUUAAAACACUAGUUAAGUGUUUGUGUGUGUUUUUUUCGCCUCUUCAGGGCUCCGUAUACUUUUUUUAAUUAUUAAUAAAAUGAUAAAGUGGGCGUGUUCCUGCUGAUUUUUUUUCGAGACUGCCCAUGACACUGCAUGCUGCCGUUGCUGUACCACGGGCCAAACUCGAGGCCAUUUGACUUUCAGCGUAAAGCUAACACGAGAAAGCGAGAGAGAGAGAGAGAGAGAGAGAGAGAGAGAGAGAGAUUGAGACCAUACCUGCUUUCGCAACACCAACUAACCAACUUUUUUUCUUCUUCUCAUUUGAGCGACGUUACAGACCGAUAAGCUUCUUCACUUAACUAAAACCUUAGAAGCUUUUUAGAGUCAGUGAAGCCCGAGCUUUUAGCUUUAGCAAACAUCCACUAUAUGAACAUGAAGUACUUUAUUUUAUUUUAUUUUUUAUUUUUCACAUAUUGUUCAUAACUCUUUAUCAAUCAGCUGAGGCGCAUUGCAUCACGACGUGAGUCGUACGUCUGUAUUUGUUUGUGCAAAGAGAAAUAAUAUUAAUAAUAAGUGCCUGGAAAAAAAAUUAAGAUAUCGAAUUCUUCUUGUUUUUUGAUUUCACACACUGGCAAAAGACUCAAGCUGGAAGAAGCUUUCAGCCCCUUGGACUCCAUGGAAACCGGGGCGCUUUUUCUCGUCUUUUCUACAGCCAUCGAGCUCCUUUUCUUUUCCUUUUUCUUUUCGACUCAGUCGCCUUACCGUCUGUCUACCUGCUGUCUCUGAGGACGGGAACGUGUCUGAUGAAAAGGGCGUCUUGCUACGGGAGAGCUGUAUUUUUUUUUUACAUACUGUACCUUCCUGCUUUUUACUGUAAACUUCACGCCGUGCACAUUAAAAAAAAAUGAAACCGUG